AUGGCGGUAUCAAGGAUACUUGGUCGACAAAUCAGUGACAAUCCCGGCAGCGACGACACCGACAGCACCGACAACGGAUACUGGUGGUACUCUCCUACUGCCGAUGCCAUCAAGUGGGCUGUGAUCGCAGCUAUCCUCCUCGCCUUCUCCUUGUACUUCCUCGCAGGACACUUGCAUGCCAGGCGGAGGAUGCAGAAGGGCUUGCCGCCUCUGGCCUAUCAUCGGUGGCUCAUCUCACGCCGUCAAAAGGCUGCCUUCCUGCAACAACACCCACAGUAUGCGAGUCAAUUCGCGUUCUACCGGGCACAGCAAGAACGUGUAGGCCCAUAUGGCUAUUCGUACACUGCCGGGUCUGGACAGGCUUAUCAGAUGGGUGGAAUGUACGGACCGCCUCCACCUGCGUAUCACGAACCAGAGUACGUCCCAGCAUACACUCCUCCGCAGGAAAAUGCUCCGAACAAAGUCAACCAGGACCAACGCUACGACCCUCCCAGCGGACCACCUCCAGCAACUGCCAACGCAGCCGCGGAACCAACGCAGCCUGAGCCGGCAAGGGUGGCACCUUGA